CGCUGAAAAUUUAAACGUACUGGGGACCUUUGUGAAGGACGAGUGAGUGAAGAGUGGCAAGCGGAAAUCGAACUGGGGAAAGAUAUGGAGCUUAUGAACGAGGAGCACAUCAAAAUGUACUUUUAUGAGAACAGAUUGAAAACAUAUAUGGGAUGGCCAUUUGAGGAGGGCUGCGCGUGUACUCCAGAAAAUAUGGCCAGAGCAGGAUUUAUCCACACUCCCGCGGAAAACUGCCCGGACGUGGCCCAGUGCUUCUUCUGCUAUAAAGAGCUGGAAGGCUGGGAACCGGAGGACGAUCCAGAAAAAGAGCACAAAGCUCAUUCGCCGUCCUGCAAUUUCAUUAGUCUCAAAAAGGACGUGUUGGAACUCAGCGUGGAGGAGUUCCUUAAACUUCAGAAGGACAGACAGAAGUUCCUGAUCAAAAAGAAGUGUGGUCAGGUGAUUGAUAAGUUCGAGCAGGCGGCACAGUUGCGGAGGAUGGAGAUCAUAAAGACGGCGAUGGAGGAGGAGUGAGCAACAGUGAGGCCCCGCCCACAGUCGUGCUGGCGGGCACGUGUCUCUCUCUCCGCUGCCUGUCGCGGUGUGGCCAUGCUGGGACCCUCUGUGGUUUUAUUUAUAUUCUGUAUGUACAUAUUUUAAAUAUUUUUAAUUCCAAAAGGAAUUUACAAAUUUCAAAUUUUUGUAAGAUUUUCUUUUAAGAAUUGUAAACAACUUCUCUUCUGUAAAUUUUAGUUUUUAUGUGGGGGGUGGUUGGCAUUCUCAGACUGGCUUAUGUAAAAUAUGGUUAAAGCUGCUCUUUAAGACCAUACUAAUGAAGUUACUCAAGUUCCUGUUUAUUUUUAAUUCCUAAAAAGCUGUAAAACCUUUAUCAGGGAGAGGAUAAUACUUGCUGGUCUUCAUGGUCCUGCUGGCCUGGUCCUGGGCUUGCUGGACUUUAUGGUUCUGCUGGCCUGGUUCUGGCCACAUUGACCAGUUUGUGGUCACAUUGACCAUUUCCAUAGUCUUAAGAGCCCAUGGAUGCAGUCCAGUCAUGAACAUCUGAAACCAUAUUUUACUUUGGAUAUGACAUCCAAACACAUGGUCAAAAAGCUGCAUUUUGGCCUCACCUUCCUAUAACCUGACCACUGAAUUUAAAGGGAUUUAUUCUUUUCUCUUUUUCCUUCUGCAGUUUUAGUACUUGUUGUUCAACACAGGUUUUGUGUGUACUAAAGAGACUUUCCCUGUAUGAUGAUCAUGUCAGUGACUAAUCCUGUGUUUAGAAAAGUGCUGUGGUUUUAAUCUGGAGUUGAGGUAAGAGAAUACAGAAUAAAUGGAUUUACAUUUUU